AACCCCAUCAGAGCAUUACAGAGACACACUCAGCGUGAGAUCCCUGAGACAGACGGCAGCAGACACAUCAAGGAGACACGAGCUCUAAAUGUGGAUCUACUAAUCAAAUGUUUUUCCGCUGCCCGAUUUAAUCUUUGUUUUUAUUGCGAGUUUUUACAUCUGAACUCUUUCGUAGAAAGAGUUUGAUCUGGUUUCAUCAGCUUCACUGAGGGUGCAGUAAGUUACUGUCGGUAUAACUGCAGUGGGGAUGUAGAGAGCAAACUGAGACUGACUUUACUCUCCUUUAUUGUAUUAUAAUUCUGGCUCAGAGUUCAGGCACUUUUGGUUCAAGUUUUUGGUUUUCAGAAUGAAACAAAAGGACAUUCAUAAUGUUUAUCUGCAGUGAUAGAAAGGCUUGACGCCGUGAACUUUAGUGGAGAAAUCUACUCGUUUUACUUUAUUUUUGACUUUUUUUUGUGGUAAAGGAGGUUAAAGCACCACCCUGCAAAACGGUUUAUCCCACCGUUGUGGAUUAAUCCAGUUCAUCCUAAUUUUGUCACCGGCACCAUGCUGUCCACUGUGCGCCGCCACAGCCUCCGCCUGCAGACCGAGCUCCACCGCUGGAGCAUCUGCGACCCGGGCAGCCACCUGCUCCCGGACAGCCUCCUGGCCCGGGUCCCCGCAUGCAUCUCUCGCUCCAAGUCCUGCAACAGCUCCGCCGGGGAGUCGGACGGCAGCCGCGGGAGCUGGUCUUCCUCAGACUCGGUCAUCUCCACUGACUCCGCCUGGGAGCCGGCGGAACCCGGCAGACCGUACCGGGUGGUCUUGUUAGGGGCCAGUGGAGUCGGUAAAACGGCUUUCGCUAGCAUCUUCGGUGGGGCGGCAGACAGCAUGGACAGUGAUGACUGCGAGCUGUGUGAAGACGAGACGUGUGAAAAGACGAUUGAAGUGGAUGGAGAACCUGCCACUGUAACUCUGCUGGACACCUGGGACGCAGAGACUGACGGUGAAUGGGCUCAGGAGUGCUACAUGCAGACAGGUGAUGCCUACCUGUUGCUGUACUCUAUAACUGACCGGGCCUCGUUCCUGCGAGCUUCUGAGCUCCGGAUCACCCUGCGCCGCUUCCGUCCUGCUCAGCACACACCAAUCAUCCUGGUGGGGAACAAGUGUGACCUGGUGCGGCGCAGAGAGGUGUCAGUCACUGAGGGCCGUGCCUGUGCUGCUGUGUUUGACUGCAAGUUCAUCGAGACCUCAGCUGCCAUGCAGCACAAUGUCUGGGAGGCCUUCCACGGCAUAGUACGACAACUGCGUCUACGCCGAGACUCCAAGGAAGCCAACAAACGUCGCAGGCACAUAAACUGUAACACACGCCGCGAGAGCCUUCCUAUGAAGGCCAAACGUUUCCUCGACAAGGUGGUGGCAAAGAACAACCCCAGUAUGGCGUUCUGGCUAAAGUCUAAGUCCUGCCAUGAUCUGUCUGUGCUGUAGGGGCCCAACAGAAAUUCAUUUUAACUCCACACCAAACCCAUGAGGAGGUGAACGGCCAAGAGAGCAGAAUUCAUGGACAUGGGCUGGAGAGAGAAGACUGCUUCUAAAGGGCUGAAAGUUGGGUGAUUCAAACCCAGUCCUCACUGGGUUCACAUCCACCCUCAGCACAGCCAGGAAUGGUGUGCAACACAUUUGUACACUGACAUUCAUAUGUUGCAGUCAAAACUAGACUGAGUGGACUGAGCUCAGUUUGUCAGCCAUUGUAAUGGACUAGACUCAGUUAAUGAAAUAGCGUUUCUUGUCGUGAAGACUUCCCAUGUAUGUGCGGCAGAAAUGUUGGAGAUUUGAGAUGAACUGAUGGGAGGUGAUGUAGUUCAGACAUUAGCCUUCUCUCUCCUUUCCUCGUUUUCCUCAUCUUUGCUCUCAUCCCUGACAGGUUUUGUUGACUGUCAGUCCCUAAGUGCUAAGAUGACCAGUUGUAAGCUACUGAUUAUUAAGUGUGAUUACUGUCUCUGAUAAUUUUUUUUUUUUGUAAGAUGAUCAUUGAGUAGUUCCUUUGACAUUAUUUAUAAUGUCUGUAUUUUGCACUUAUUGUAAAUAAAUACCAGAUUGAUAAUUUACCGUAUUUUGCUACUUGGACGUGGUUUCAGUGUUGCUUGAUGAAAUAAAGUGACAUCAUCUGAUUUUGGGGGU